AUGGCACCUCCAUUCCGCGCAGAGCAAUUAGGGUCUCUAUUGAGACCCGAUGACUUACUGGCCGUGCGUGCGACCAUACGGGACAAGGGUAUCUCGGCGGAAGAAGCAGGACUUCCGCCUAUUGAGAAGACAGCCGUUGGCGAAGUUGUCAAGUUGCAACAAAACCUAGGCUUCAAGGCAGUGAACUCAGGCGAGUUCAACCGCACGCGCUUUUGGGGACUCUUCUGGGAUGAGAUAGAGGGCACCAUUGCCCUUCAGAAUGCUGAGUCUAGUAUCUUUCGGCUGUACCACCCAGAUGUCGUCAGCUUGAUUGAGAAGGACAGAAAGGUGAUGCCCGGCGAGUCAGUGAUUGCGGGGAGCAAGCUGUCGCACAAUCCUAGCAAGUCGCUGUCCAACCUACAAGAGAUUCAGCUAGUUCAGCAAUUCGUUCCCCAGAGCGAAUGGGGCAACAUCAAGCUCACCAUGAUUGCGCCAAGCUGGUUCCACAUGAGAUAUAAGCAGGGAUGUGCUUAUAAGAAGGAAGCUUACGCCAACGAUGCUGAGUAUUUCGCGGAUGUGGCCAAGGUCUACCAUGCCGAGCUGCAGAUGCUAUACAAGGCCGGGUUACGGAACGUCCAGUUCGAUGACCCUGGCAUGGCUUACUUUUGCUCCAAAGACUUCCGAAAGGGCUGGGAAGAAGAUAAGGACAACGCCGGGACGUGGGAGGACCUCCUUGACGCGUACAUUAAACUGUACAACGACAUCACCGAGAACCUGCCGUCGGACUUCCACACGGGCAUCCACUUGUGCCGAGGAAACUUCAUCGGCGGCAGGCAUUUCUCAGAGGGUGCGUACGACAUCAUCGCCAAGAAGCUCUUCGAGAACCUCAAGGUCAACACGUUCUACCUCGAGUACGACACCGAGCGAGCGGGUGGCUUCGAGCCCCUGCAAUACCUGCCCAAGGAUAAGAAGGUGGUGAUCGGCGCCAUCAGCACCAAGACUCGCGAGCUAGAGGACAAGGAAACCACCAAGGAGCGCAUUUACAAGGCAGCGGAAUUUGUCGCGGAGGGCAAUGGCGAGACCCGCGAAGAAGCGCUGAAGAGAAUCUGCUUCAGCCCGCAAUGCGGCUUCAGCACUCACGAGAGCGGCUACCCCCUGUCGAUGGAUGACCAGAAGAAGAAGCUGUCGCUGGUAAGGCAGAUUGCCGAUGAGAUCUGGGGCGAGCCGUAG